GGUGAGUCUGCACGGAAUGAUGACACUCUUCUUUUGCCUUUUCUAGUGGCCUGUACAGCAUCUGAAGAAGACAUGGGCAGAAACAAUAUUGAGCUGAAAUGGACCAGGGGAAGAAAGCUGUAUUCCAGAUCGGGUGACUUUAUUGAAUUUCGGUGUAAAAGAGGCUUUAUGGAGGACCCAGCCUCUUCCCCAUUCAGAGUAGAGUGUUUGGAGGGGACAUUAGAAUAUCCCCAGUGCAAGCCAGCAAGAGACUGUAGCCUGAAUGAAAGGUUGAUGGAAAGGAACCACAUUCAACUGCAGUCAUCAAGGUGGUUGAGGUCCUCUACCUUCGUCACUGGGGAGUAUAUUUUGUUUGAAUGCAAAUGGUGGUACCGGCAAGUUUCACACCCUGAGAAAUUUAGAGCCAUGUGCCGGGAUGGAGUGAUCUCGUAUCCUACGUGUGAAUACGCAGGGGUUUUUGGAUGAAUGGAAGUGGCACAAAAGCUCUGGCAGUUAAGGAUUCCUCAACCGACCUUGUGAUUUGAGCUUAAUUUUCCUGGAAAUUCCCAUUCUCUUGUGUUUUCUUUGCAGCUUAGGCAAUGUUCCAUCUUGGAAUAUGCUAUGUUUUUUAUGAUCAGAUAAUUGUGUUUGCACU